AACAAAAUGAAUAAAUAGAAAAACAAGGAAGCAAAAAGAGGAAAAACACAAAAUAUACACAAAACAAAGUUUUUCUGUUUUUAUAUGCGAUUACGUUUCAUUCGCUAAUAAAAUUUUUAAUCAAUCGGCUACCUACCCAAUUGAAUACCUCUUUUGAGUUCGGACAUCAGUCAAAAUCGUCAAAAUUAAGAGCUAUAGAAAUCCAGCACAACCUGUCGACGAAGCUGAAGAGCUAAUGGCAGCUAAUGACUCAGGUGUGGACACAAGUAAUGAUAGCAAUGAUGGAGUUUCUGCCAGUAUAAUGAUAACGCCUCCACCAAUUAUGCCGCCCACGCCAACAUCUUCCCCCAAUACGCACGAGUGGCCCACUAUCAAUCCAAAUGCAUUCCACUCUGAAGAGCAUUUUGCAUUGCCUACCCUACCGCCACUGCCGUUGAAUUCCUCUUCGCAGUCUUCGGAUUUCAUGUCCAGCAUCAUCCAUCCGAGCACCCUGCCGUCUAGCAGUCACAAUUUUAAAAUGCGCCCACGAACAUGUAUUAAAAGCAGGCUGAGAUUCAGCUACAAUAACAUUUUUGCGGAGUCGGCAGGUCGUAAACUUCGGUAUGCGGCGUGUACCAAUAACAUAGAACUACUAACAAAGGUACUUGAGUCAGGCGCUAUACCGAAUGCGGCAGACGAAUACAAACGUAGCCCCUUACAUUUAGCCGCCUGUCGUGGUUACAUACAAAUCGUCCAACAACUUCUUAAAUUCGGGGCAAAUCCCAAUGUUGUCGACUCUUUGGGCAAUACACCACUACAUUUGGCUGUUAUAUCCGCGAGUUCCAACAAUUUUAAUGUUGUCGUACGUGUGCUGCUGCAGGGUGGUGCAAGCGUUCAUAUGUACGAUCGAAGCGGCAAAUCACCUUUAGAAUUGGCGGAGGCAAAGUUGAGGCUGCUGCGUACGCGAUACGAAAAUCCAACUCCAGAAACCAGUAAAAUUCUCGAAGAUAUGUGCAUGUUGACUGCACUAAUCCUAAGGUAUAUGGCUAAGCAGCAGCGCGAAUUAGAAGAUCUAUCGAAUUUAGAGAAACGCCUACAAAACUUAAGUACCCGCGAUGAUCAAGAACAGGUUGUUUCGCAGACCGCCGAUGAACUGUUGGCCAGCAUUGAAAGUCUUUCACUAAACAAAUAGAGAAGAAGAAGCAGAUUUAUUUGUUAUUGUGUACGACUGGAUGUCUAAAAGAAGAGACGAAGGGGAAGAGAUUUACUCGCAAUUUGUAAACAAUUCUUUGUCGUAAUUAUUGUUUUUGUUUCCUAAUUUCGCUGCCGUUUGAUAUAUUCUCUGUAUGAAGUAAAUGGCAUGGACAAAAGGCAAGAUAUUAUAUAACCAUAUACUCUUUUACUACAUGCUGACCAGAGACGUUAUCAAUUUGGAUUCAUAAGUUAAAUUUAUUGAUUUAUUUGUAGUUAAUAAGUGACCAAUGUUCUAUACUAUAAACAUACAAAUUUAUCCUACUUUACCUUUACCCUGAAAACACCAAAUUAUUAACAAAAACUAGUUUUUAUUUGAUUGUUAUAAGACGGAUUUCAAUUUAAGUAUGUACCACAGUGAAAUUUAUUUAUGCUUAAAAUUUACCAAAAAAAAAAAUCCGAAAGAUAAUUGUGGAGAAUUUGCAAAACUAUACAAAAUGUCAAAUUGGCAUAUCGUAUAACCAAAUGAAGAUAGCUAACUAUGAGAACUAAUUAACUGCAUAUUUUAGCAUCUCCCAUAAGAAAACAUACAUGUUUAUGAAUUUAUGCCGAUUCAAAACAUAACGGUAUGGCCCAAAACAAUCAAUCAAAUCAAUGUAAAGUUUUAUUCUUGUGUUCAUUUCAAGUUGUUCUUAAUUACUUUACUAAAGUACAAUGAUAUAGGGACAUGAAUACACAUGCAAAUUUAUUCCCAAAUAUAAAAUUGUAAAUUUUUUCUAAAACAAAAAAACAACAGAUACCAUUGAAUUUUGUUGAAAUAAUUUUCCUAGAUUGGAUGGAUGAUUUAAUUUUCUAGUUCUAUGUUCUCCGACCUCUCACGUAACAUGAUCUUCAAGCAAUCCUCAUAAUGAUCAAUGUUAAAAUGUUUGUACUCUCACUCACUCCAUUUGCAGAGUACUUUAUAUUUAAAGAUUAAGAUCAUUGAAUAUGUAUGUGUCUAUGAUUAAAAAAAAUUACUUAAUGAACAAAAACAUAGAUAUUUCUAUAAACUUUAACAACAUGAAAUCUAUUUCAAUCUACUGAGUGUGAAAAUAAAGGCAUUAGCCAUUAUAGUAAUCGUA